GAGAGGGAGAGUGAGUGAGUGAGAGAGAGUGUGUCUAUACGAGAGAGAGAGAGAGAGAGGGAAAAGACUGAAACUUAAUAGACCUCGCUACCUGUGCCCUGUGUGUUGCUGAACACAAACGAAAACAGGGCUGUUUAUUUCCUUUGGAUUACAACAGCAAGAGGGAUUCCUUUUAUACAAAAAGUGUCAGCUGAGCCAAAAAUGAGGCUGUUCGGGAUGGUAGUGCUCCUCCUCUUGGUGGCAGAGGGGAUGGCAAGGGGGACAUCCCGUACCAGGAGAGAGCUCAGUAGCCCGCUCCACAUCGGGGGGAUCCGGGACCCCUACGGUUCCUACUGCCAGAGAAGAGGGGGAUGCUGCCCGGGACGGGACGACCAGUGUACGGUGCCUUACCUGGAUACCAUCUGCUACUGUGACCUGUUCUGUAAUCGCACUGUGUCCGACUGCUGCCCAGAUUUCUGGAGCCACUGCCUGGGUGUCCAGCCUCCUUUCAUUGGUACUUGCGAAAGAAACGGCCACAAGUUCCACUCAGGGGCAACCUACAAAGAGAACUGCAAUUUAUGCACGUGUGGGGCAAACGGCCGUUGGGAGUGUGAGCAGUAUGCCUGUCUGAUAGAGGAUGACAUGAUCCAGGCAGUCAACAGGGGGAACUAUGGUUGGAGGGCUGCGAAUUACAGCCAAUUCUGGGGCAUGACUCUGGACGAGGGUCUACGCUAUCGUCUGGGUACACAGAGGCCCUCCAGAGCCACUAUGAACAUGAAUGAGAUCCAUAUGAACAUGGACGACAACAAUCAUCUGCCGCAUUAUUUCAACGCAGCAGAGAAAUGGCCAGGAAAAAUACACGAUCCCUUGGACCAGGGCAACUGUGCCGCGUCGUGGGCUUUCUCCACGGCCGCUGUGGCCUCGGACAGAAUCUCGAUCCAGUCGAUGGGUCACAUGACCCCCCAGUUAUCACCCCAGAACUUGAUUUCUUGUGACACUCGGAACCAAGGAGGCUGCGCUGGAGGCCGCAUUGACGGAGCCUGGUGGUACCUCAGACGGCGAGGGGUCGUGACAGAGGAGUGCUACCCCUUUUCUCCCCCCCAGCAGACCCCUGCUGAGGUGGGCCGCUGUAUGAUGCAGAGUCGGUCAGUGGGUCGGGGGAAGAGGCAAGCGACCGCACGCUGUCCUAACUCCCACAUCCACAACAACGAUAUCUAUCAGUCCACCCCUCCCUACAGGCUGUCCUCCAAUGAAAAAGAGAUCAUGAAGGAGAUUAUGGACAACGGCCCAGUACAAGCUAUUCUGGAGGUCCAUGAGGAUUUCUUUGUGUACAAGAGUGGGAUUUACCGCCACACCAAUGUCAACUACCACAAACCCCAGCAGUACCGCAAGCAUGGCACACACUCCGUCAGGAUCAUAGGGUGGGGGGAGGAGAGAGAGUAUAAUGGAAGAACACAAAAAUAUUGGAUUGCCGCAAACUCAUGGGGCAAGAACUGGGGUGAGGAAGGUUACUUCCGCAUCGCCCGCGGAGCGAACGAGUGUGAGAUCGAGGCUUUCGUGAUUGGCGUGUGGGGAAGAGUCACCAUGGAGGACAUGCACAACCACAACCACAACCACAACCACAACCAUCAUCAUCAUCAUCAUCACGGACGACGCAAGUAGAGACGCAACCCCCUUUCCUGCGACCCCUCUGACCCCUUCACCGUAACCCUCGACGGGGAUCCCUAACGCAUAACACAUUCCCAGUUUCACUUCACCAAAUCCAAAAAAAGAAAAACCUCAAGCAAGGAGCGAUAGGCACCCGGCAAACUCUCUGGCCACAGGACUCAGCUGACAGGCACUCAGGACACACCAUUCCAAAGAUCACCCAGGCACCCUGGACCUUUCCCUCGCUUUCGUAACGUUUUCAGCGCUUUGUCAGAGUGGCAACAUUCUUGACCUGACCUCUCUGUUUCUCCGCAAAUGUGGAUUGCUCUUUUUUUUUUUAAAUGUUGUAACUACCACCGUUUUCUCUCUCUCUCUCUCUCUCUCUUUCUCUCUCUCUCUCUCUCUCCUUCACAUGCUUGUCUCUGGUGGACAAUUUGAAAUUGAAAAGCCAGUUAAGCACAUAACAUAGGGCUACCGGUUCUAGCACUUUCUUCUCGUUUGAAUGAGAGAGAAACUAAUAUUUCACUCACACCACAGUUUUGUGUUUAAGGUAGGGCCUGAAUGACCAUUCUUGCCACAUUGUUCUAACACACUUACCUUAUCACCUUUUGUAAUCCUUUUCUUACUUGAUCAGUCUGCGUCCCACAUGUUACAGUCAUGGAGCAGAAACAUACACUGGAAAAGGGGAUAGAUAGGGGGGAGAUUGGAUUUAUUUUUUGACCAAUAAUUUAUUGUCAGGCAUUAUCCUCAGAACAGAACAGUGCUAAAACCUAAUUUUGCCAUCAAACAUUUCCUCUGUAAAAUUCAGUUCAUUAAAACAUGAAUUUUUUUAACAGGUGGUUCUAAAGCAUUUUGCAAAAUGUGUCUCUCAUAUUUCUACUAUGUUCACAGAACAUGUUUAUCAAAUUGGUAAACAUAUAUGAGAAAAGCAAGGUAUUGUACAAUACUGUAUGUGUAUUGUACUGCUAAUAAGUGUUUUGUAUUCAUGGGGGUUUUGAAUUCCACCAUCUUGACAAGCAUGCUCAAUCAAGACACCAUUGUUUGCUCGGAAUUCUGUGGAAGAGCAUGUUAUAAAAAACACAGAUAAUGCAUUGAAAAGUCUUUUUAUGGGAACAUGUUGAUGAUGUAAUGUGUAACAACCCCAUCCCAAAAUACUUUAAUAAUAACGAAACAAUGAAACCAAAUAUAUCUCAUUCAGUCUUAACAUAAUGGUUUCUCUAAUCUAAAUUAUGAAAAAAAGCUGUAUUAUUGUCUUAAUAUAUUUUAUUCCCUGAGCUAUUGAGAUAUUAUGUGUACAUUAUAAACAUUCCUAUUGUUUCUAUUCUGUUAUAUUUUCAGUUCAGUUCUAUUGACUGUUUUUGAGAUACGACACUGUCCCCUUUUUUGACAAACAAAUCUAAACACACGUUAGCGAAUUGGUUUUUUUUUUGUUUUUUUUUCGGUUAAUACAGAUUUGACCGCGUC